GUGUCCCAAAAAUUAAAAGCCCGUUUCCUUUGUUGGUGAACUCACUCUCCUGGUUCUGCAAUUAAAAUAAUGAUUAUGACUGUCAAUAGGGAUGGUAAAAUGCUUUAAAUGUAAACUUAUAUAAAGAUACGUAACAACAUUUCAUUUCGUUGUCGUCUGGCUCCCCUGGACCUGUUUUUCACCUCAAACAGUAGCAAAGAUGGCGGAGAAAGAGGAGAGUAGUCAAGCUGGGGAAAACAAAACUGAGCUGCAGAUCAUUAAGGAGCUGGUGGAUGAACUGUAUCAGUUCAAAGAUUGCUAUUUUGAGACCCAUGGCGUGGAGGAGGCUGGACGGAAACCCGAUGACGUCAAACAGAAGAUGGAGGAGAUACUGAAGAAGCUGGAGGAGAAAGAAGACAGCUUAAAAAACAAAGUAGAGUUUCUGAUGCAGAAAGGCCGGUGUCUGAACGUGGCGCCGGACUACAGUGCUGCAGCAGAGGAGUGCUUGUCCCGAGCUGUAAAGCUGGAUCCCUGCCUGGUGGAGGCCUGGAACAUACUGGGGGACCAGUACUGGAAGAAGGGAGACCUUAUUGCUUCUAAGAACUGCUUAACUGGUGCCCUGCAGCAGGAGAAGAAUAAGGUAUCUCUACGCAACCUCUCCAUGGUGCUGAGGCAGCUGCCAGCAGCUAAUAAUGAUGAACAUGGUAAGCGUGUGCUGGAGAGUGUGGACUUGGCCCGGGAAGCUGUGCAGCUGGAUGUCAGUGACGGGACUUCAUGGUUUGUUCUUGGAAAUGCCUAUUUGUCUCUGUUUUUCACCUGCGGACAGAAUCCACAAUUCUCCCAACAAGCUCUAAGCGCCUAUGCAAAAUCUGCCGAAGACAAGAUUGCAUCCAGCACCCCAGAUCUGCACUUUAACAGAGCCAACCUGUUUUACUACGAGGAGAUGUUCGGAUGCGCGCUGGAAGGCUACAGCCGAGCGGCAGCGUUGGACCCAAACUGGGAGGAGCCGAGGGAGAAGGAGAAGCAGUUGCUGGAGUAUCUGGAAAAAGUGUCAGAACUCAUCCAGAACAAGGGCAAGGUGAAAACACGUCGGCUGAGGACGAUGUUGUCAAGCCUCAACACGUCUGCUCUGGGCCCCUGCUCGUCCCCGCAGUUCCGCUCCCCUUCUGGCCGUGUGGGCAGCCUGGAGCCGCGUUCCCUCUCCUCCCUCCCACACGGCCAUAACGCUGGAGUGGCCGCCAUGGGGAAGGUGGUGUUCAGCCUUGCCUCUCAGGGUCGCAUGGCCUUUACGUUUGGCAUGGUGGACAGUGAUGAGACAUGUAUAGUAGUGAUGGUGUACAACACGGCAGACACCUGGGGCGUCCUGAUCGGAGACACUGUGGUCAUCCCUGAACCCAACGUCAAGCGUCACAGCAUCACACAUAAAGACAAGUCCUAUGACUUUAAAAGCAUACGGGUGGACUCUCCCCUGCUCCUCAUCGUCAACGGCAAGAAGCAGAACGUCCAAAGUCAGAUCCCUGUGUCUGUCAGCUAUGAGAACCGCCAAAAACUUAAGGAAACGCACUGAAAUGUUUUUUUUUACCUGGAGUUUAACAGUUGUUUGUUUAGGUUUUUAAAAUUUUCUGAAUCCUGUGCCUGGUUCAAACAUUUUUUUAUUAUUAUUAAUAUUAUUUCUUGUUUUUGUUUAUAUCCAUGAUGGUCCUGUUUUGUUAAUUUACAACAUUUUCUCAUGAGUCAGCUUUUAGUGUUAAGCCCUGAAUUCUGUUUACUUGGGAAAAAUAAAUAAC